GCAGCGGGCCUCCAGGGACGCUCCCCGGAGCGCGCUCAGGUGCAUCAGGCCCUGCUCUGCAGCUGCUCCCGCGCCGCCCUGGGAACGGGGCUCAGCUGAGGUCGCAGCUUUCCCGCCCGCAGGCUGGGGGCGGGGCGGCCCCAACCACAUCCCCCGCGACCCAUCCCCCAGGGCAGCCCCAGCCUCCCACGUCCUCCGGACGUCUGUCCGUCCUGCGUCCCCAGCGAGAGACAUGGCCGGGAGCAGUGAGAAGGCGCCAGACUCCGGGCGAGGCGUCGUGCUUCUGGAUAACUGGCCAGGAUAUGAUUUGGAUUUAUUCACGUACCCACAGCACUACUAUGGUGAUCUGGAGUGUGUGCUUAUCCCUCACGGCAUCAUAGUGGACAGAAUUGAGAGGCUGGCUAAGGAUAUAAUGAAAGAUAUAGGCUACCACGAUAUUCUGGUCCUGUGUGUACUGAAAGGAGGUUACAAGUUCUGUGCUGAUCUUGUAGAGCACCUCAAGAAUAUCAGCCGGAAUUCAGAUCGCUUUGUUUCAAUGAAGGUUGACUUCAUCAGACUCAAGAGCUACAAGAACGAUCAGUCCCUGGGUGAGAUGCAGAUCAUUGGAGGAGAGGAUCUUUCAACGCUGGCUGGAAAGAAUGUCCUCAUUGUUGAGGAUGUUGUUGGAACUGGAAGGACCAUGAAAGCUCUGCUCAGCAGCAUCGAGAAGUACAAACCCAACAUGCUUAAGGUAGCCAGUUUGUUGGUGAAAAGAACAGCCAGAAGUGACACCGUUAGACCUGACUGUUCUGCUUUCCAGUCCUUCAAGCAGCUGAGGACAGUGACACAGUGGGAGAAUUGCUUCCCGGUUGUUGCCGGCACACCUGGUCAUAUGCUGGAUUUGAGAUCCCAGAUGUCUUUGUGGUAGGCUACGCAUUAGACUACAAUGAAUACUUCCGAGACCUGAAUCACAUAUGUGUGAUCAAUGAACAUGGUAAAGAAAAAUAUCGAAUAUGAUGAGGCAAAAACUGUCAACAUCUCCUUCCCGGAUAAUGACAUGAUUCUUCUACUCUACUCAGGAAGCCAGAGUAAAAAGUCUGUCUCCACAGCCAUCUUCACUCAGCAGGGUAUAAAAGACUGUUUUAAGGAAUGAGCUUUUUUCCCCCCCACACAGAUUAGAAAUGUAAGUACAAAUGGUUGUUUUGGGAAGAGAAGACUAUGCUUGCCCUUGACUCAUUACAAAUUAAACUUCUGAUCCCAAAAAUCCCACCCACCCACCUUCUGAAUACACCUUCUGAUAUAGUGUAGUCAUGUGCUCGUGACUCUUCCCAGGAAUACGCCCACCUGGUGACUCAAAUAUUGUUCACUUAACUCUUUUAAAGCUGUGUUUUUUAAAUAACAUUUUAUGACAAUAAGAACCCAAAGCCUCUCCAAUCUCUUCCUGAGCCUGUACAGUAAGAAUGCAGCUAGGUUCCCUUACUAAAAUAGGAGUAAACGAACAGUUUCUCAUGAGUCUGUUUGCCGGGUUCUGACAGGACAUUAUUAUCUGCUUUGACAAAGCCUUUCAGAAGUGAGGGUACAAGGAAUCUUAAUGAUGUGAUGAAAUGAGCCUUCACUGCCUGCUCUCGAGCGUCGCUCCCUGUGUGUGAUGACAGCACGCCGUGUGUGAUGACGCACUCAGCUGUGUUUAAUGCUCUGCGUUUUAAUUAGAAAACAACAUAAUAGCAGAGAGGCCUGCCCUCCUGAGCUGAUUUCUUUUAUUCAUGUGGGAUGUGGGCAAAUGGUGGACUCGAGAGGCAGGGGGAUUGUUUUCAAAAAUCAGUACUAAGCAAGUGUACAUUCUUCCUCCUAUUUGCAUGGAAGGAAAAACAGUUAAAUAUUGUCCUAAACAUGAACAGAGAUUGAAUUAUUUAGCUAAGUGUCCUUAUGUGACUUCUCAUAUAGCCAGGGUGCCAUCGGAAGCAACCACACAUAAAAAGUUUUUGUACAUAACACACAAACACACACACACACACACGAUCACCACUAUAUGUGACAUUUCCUAAUUUGUAUGUGUUUUAAUUGAAAAUAAAUUUAAGUCCACAGUGCUGGGUUUCUUACCUCCUAAGGGAGCAACUACAAGAUAAAUGACUAAAUAGCCUUUGUUUGGUUCUGAACCAUAUGUGGCCUAUUGUUAUAUUAUAGAGUCCUUUAAACUAAUAACAAAAAAAGACAUUAUGUUUCACAACUGCUUAGUGUUUACAUACUUUUAGUCAUUGAAAUGUGUAUGAGCCAGUAGCCUAAAUACACGUGUGCCUACACCAUGGUUAACCUGGAUUAAAUCCAAAAUAUGCACUAAGAUAAACAAGCAUCAAGCCAGGAGACAUCUGCCGCUUUCCUGUUUUCCUCCCUAAACUUGCUUUGUAAGAACAAGGAAUUUUACUUCUGAAAGAUUUCCCUGCAUAUCUCUGUCUCAGCCAGAGAAGAAAACAGACCAUGUCCAGAUUCCCCAAGGGGGCCGUCACAAAGGGAGUCACUUUUGGCUUUGUUCCAUACCCAAGUCAUUGACUAAUAAUUGUGUAGAACUGAUUGAUAAAACUCACAUGUUACACACACUUUCCCGCUUUGCAAUACUUGUACCCAAAGGCCUAGAAAAGUAGACACAUACUUGGUUUUGAACAGAAGUGUGCAGCUUGAAAAGGUUUUCUUGAGAAAUCUUGCAUUUCAGUAAGCACUACUGUCAUUGAUGAGAACUGUGUUUGUUCAGAUUAAAAAGAAAAUUGAUCUAUGUCACACAUUGUGAAGGCUUGUAUAUUUAAUCAAAAAGAAAAUAAAAACAGUAAAUACGCAGCAGUUUAA